CUAUUCUGUCGCCUUCUUCCAUCUCCUUCCCUUCAGCUGCUUCCGGCCUGCUGCCUGUCACUUCACUUCACUUCAUUCCUCUCUUGCGUUUCAACGUCAUUCACUGUAGCUUGCUAGCUGUGAGACCGCUUUGGUCGAUCUCAUUCUCUCAUCCUCGAGCGUGCCGGUCCCAGACACUUGCUCGGGAGACUCCCCCUCUGUCACGACCUCUCGUACCAAAUCAUGGUCGGCGUCUCCCGCAUCGUACCACUCGCCGAACUUGCAGAGCUUCACGGUGGCUGAGCGACCGAACUGUUUUUUCACUUGCAUUAUCCUGCCUUUCUUUUUUUCUUAUCAGAAUCUUUUGAUCACAGACAAGGGCUGAAUCGACCACCUUUCCUUCGCUUUCCCACUAACCGGGACCGUCGUCAUGCCCGCACCAUCAUCACAACCACCAGAGGGCGGCACCACCCACGCUGCUGGCACAAGCAAGCCUCGAUCUUCACAUCGGACUGACAGUUCCCGACGAAAGUCAAUCCAGUUCAACGUUGGCGGUGCGGAGCCGCUGCCGCAUCGUCGAUCCGUCAGCGCUGCAGGUCACAGACCGCGCCCGCAGCUCGACGUCACCUCUACGGAACGGGAGAUCAAGCCUACACCUAGUCGUGGACCGUCACCCCCGCCACCACAGACCUACGAGAGGGGUGUGUCUUUUGACACAUUUGACAACCCGGAUGCGCCUAACUUCUCUCUGACUCUCAACUACAAACACAAAGGCUAUCAGUCCACCCGCCGCAGUCGAACCUUCCUGUGCGGUACCGAUCAAAACGAUUACUCCGACUUUGCGCUUGAAUGGCUCAUCGACGAGCUUGUCGAUGACGGCGAUGAAAUUGUGUGUCUCCGCGCGGUGGAAAAAGAUUCUAGUAUCGCGAGCGACGCUGCAGUUGAAGCCGGGAAAUACCGGAAGGAAGCAGAGAAAUUGUUUGAGCAAGUGAUCCAGAAGAACAGCCAGAAUGAGAAAGCCAUCAGCUUAGUGCUGGAGUUGGCAGUGGGCAAAGUUCAGGAAAUCAUUCAGCGCAUGAUCCGGAUCUACGAACCGGCUGUUCUCAUCGUAGGCACUCGAGGUCGCAAUCUGGGUGGUGUGCAGGGAUUGUUGCCCGGUUCCGUCUCCAAGUAUUGUCUGCAGCAGUCGCCGAUUCCUGUGAUCGUGGUCCGACCGUCAACGAAGCGGGAGAAAAAGAAGAAGAAGCGUCUUGCCGAUCCCACCCGACGCGGUUACAAUCACAUCUUGGAGAUGAGUGAGCGUCGUGGAAGCCACAUUUUCGACCGCAGCACGAGUCGCGAUAGCAGCGUGUCGAAGCUUCCUGACGAGGAGGCGGCCGUGGCUGCAGCUCUAGGUCUACCUCAAUCUUACACGAACUCCCGCAGCUCACUGUCGACUUCAGAGAGAAGCAGUGUAAGCCACGACGAGUCGCCAUCGCUGAACGGCCUGGUCGACGCUGCUACUCCGAGUCCGAGCUCGGGAAGUUUGGAGAACUCUGUGGAUGGUAGCGGAUCCGACGACGAACCGACGGUGAUGCACGUCGAGGACGAGGCAAGCGGAACACACCCCUCAAGCCUCGAAUUGACGGAAUCUAGCGAUAGCUCGCCGCCUGUGGACUCCAAGGUGGAAGAUGAGGUCGAUGAAUCGGAAGUUGUUCCGGGAUUGCCCGAUUUCAAUGUGGUUCCGCGCAUUGUCUAUGAGGAUCCAUCCGGCUCGAAGAGGAGCAGUUAGCGGCUUGAUUUUCGAUGGCUGCACAUCACAUAAUAACGGCAAUGCCACAAAACCAUACCAGUCUUUAGGACUGAGCGUUCGCAAGGAUCUGUUCACGCAAUAAAUGGUUACAAGAAUGCGACCAAGGGAAGACCAUAAUUCAGCGUCCGCAUACAGCUCAGGCUUCGAAUAACACCUCAGAUACACGCAUAGAGAGACGAAGCACCAGCUAUCCGAGCGGAGUUGUACCCCGACGUUUCGUCAUCUCUCUCAUUUCCACACUACAGUGCAUUCUAUACAGCAUUACGCAGCAUUUGCAGCUAGACUCGAGCGCAGAUCAUGAUGCAUUGAUGGACGCAUUUCACUACGGUGAUUACGAGUUCGAAAGGUGAAUUAGCGGGGGGAAGCUAAUAGGUAGAGAUAUCUUAUUACGAUAUGUUACUUGUAUCUAGAUUGUUUUCUAGAACCAUUAACCAACUCUCCAUUCUAU